AUGGAGACUCUUCCAGUACCAACCUCAGUGACUGCUAACGUAUCUAAUUCUGGCGGUUCUAUACAAUCCCAUUCAAGCUCCACAGAAGGUUCUGAAACUCCUAGUAUCUUGAAAUUCCAAAGAAGCACAGAAAAUUCCCAACUGUCGAGUCAAUGGACAAAUACGGGACCUGGGGCAGUACCCUCGGUGUGUGUUCGAAUACGUCCGUAUGAAUACGCCAUAGAACCGGUACCCGCCGAUACAAGGGUCCUCGAAGCGGUUAAAAAACUUGACGUAAAAGUUGCAUUUUUGAUGAGAUCUAAAAUUACAGAAUUUGUAUUCCGAACAAUAGCAGAGGGGGAUGCUGAGUUAGUAUUCCCAAGAGAAGGGGUCCAAGUACAAGUUCUGGAAUCGUUGGAUAAGAUCAUAGAUUCGACAGAUAUAACCGUGAGGAGGUUCCAGUAUGUUUGUUUCCUGCGACAAGAGAGGGCGGUUUUACUGUGGCACGAUAAUACGAGGACGAUUUUCAAGCAUGCGGAGCAAAUAAACAUAAAGAUGAUGUCCCUGCUAUGGGGCCAAGAUUUGACAGGUCGGUUGCACACUAGCUCAGCGGUUCUCGAGUCAAGAUCAUCCAGGACAUCGGUAUACUCCAUACGAAGCGCUUCAACUUCCAAACUACCGUGGCAGGUCGAAAGCUCCGAUAUGCCAGCUAUUGAAGGAACGAAGGAGGCAAAAGUCGAAAAUCUUGAUAUCGAGAAAACCGCGGCAGAGCCAUUUGAUCGCCCGACCAUUUACACGAGCUCUAUAUACACAGGAGUCGCAGUAUUUAUUAUGACAGCCCUACUAUUUGGUGGUGCUCUGCGUACACUAGUCGUAGAAACCGCUAUUGAUGGUCAAUAUAUUCGGUUGGCUCUCGCUGUGACGUUGCCGUUUUCUGGAUCGUUGGCUCUGUUCUUCUUCAUUAUCAUAGUCACCGAUAUAUGCCAGCUCGUUGGGCCAGUUCGGUCUACCACGACGAAUUCUCGGUUUUAUUCUGCAAGAUCUCCAUCGUUAGAUCAAGCUUUCCGGAAAGGAUUUCAACCCCCUCAUAUAACAAUACAAAUGCCGGUAUAUAAAGAAUCCUUGCAAACGGUCUUGCAGCCCACAAUUCAUAGUUUGAAGCAAGCCGUAUCACACUACGAACUUCACGGUGGGACUGCGAAUAUUUUUGUCAACGAUGAUGGGAUGCAGUUGAUUGACUCGGCACUUGCUGAAGAGAGGAAAGAGUUCUACCGGGACAAUGGCAUCGGGUGGGUGGCGAGACCAAAACACGGAGAGAAUGGAUACCUUCGGGCAGGAAAAUUUAAGAAAGCUUCCAAUAUGAAUUUUGGUCUUGAAAUCUCCAAUAAAACCGAAGACAUUCUUAACGAGUUGAUUGACGCAAGGCAUAAAGAGAGAAACGAACUUCUAUCCAGUAAAGAGAUAGAUGAUUUGUAUACUACGGCGUUAGAAAGGGUCAUCGAGGAGGAUAAACGGGCAUGGGCUUCUGGGAAUAUCAGAGUUGGGGAAAUUAUUUUGAUCGUCGAUAGCGAUACCAGAGUGCCAGCAGACUGUCUGAUAUACGGGGCAGCCGAAAUGUUCUUAUGCCCGGAGGUCGCUAUAAUCCAACAUAGUGCUGGAGUUAUGCAGGUGGUGGAAGAUUACUUUGAGAAUGGGAUUACCUAUUUCACAAAUCUUAUAUACUCAGCAAUAAGGUUCGUUUGUGGGUCUGGAGAUGUUGCACCGUUCGUGGGACACAACGCUUUCCUUCGUUGGCAAGCAGUCCAGAGCGUGGCCUUUCGGUCUGAAAAUAGAGAAUACUACUGGAGUGAAUCCCAUGUAUCAGAAGAUUUCGAUAUGGCACUUCGGUUACAGGUAGCUGGAAAUGUGGUUAGGCUUGCGACUUACCAUGGCUUACGAGGCUUCCAAGAGGGUGUAUCUUUGACGAUAUACGACGAGCUCGCGAGAUGGGAAAAGUAUCACGCCUCACAAACAGACUCGCACAACUCCAAAAAGUAUUAA